UCCUGUCAAGUGGACUUGACAUUUUGCACCAAUUUUUGUAUUACAAAUUUUAUGUUUAGAAGAACAAACAGUUAUACCUAUGUCUCGAAAACCUGACUGAAUGGAUGUUUCUAAAAAAUCAAUGGUAAAGAAAAAACCUUCGUAUUAAAAAACACAUGGCGACUCAUCUGAGUCCACGAAAUUCCGAAGUAAAUGCUCUAGAACAAAGGGGGUACCUAAUCGGAAAAAAGAUUGGCCAAGGUUCUUAUGCUACUGUACAUUUAGCUGAUUAUGUCGACAAUACGGGUCCGAAGAAGAUGCGCCUUGCAUGCAAAAUUUUUGACAAAGAAAAAGCUCCUAAGGACUUUCUAGAAAAGUUUUUUCCUAGAGAACUAGAGAUACUGACGAAGAUUGAGAACCAACACAUUAUACAAGUGCACAGUAUUCUACAAAGAGGACCUAGAGUGUUUAUAUUUAUGAGAUAUGCCGAUAAUGGAGAUCUUUUGGAUUUUAUCAAGAAAAACGGAGUCGUGCCUGAGCAGCAAGCUAAAAUAUGGUUUAGACAGAUGGCCAGCGGACUUCAUUAUCUUCAUGGCAGGAACAUCGCACAUCGAGAUUUAAAAUGUGAAAAUAUUUUACUUUCAAGAAGAUUUAAUGUAAAAUUGGCUGAUUUUGGUUUUGCUCGAUUUUGUGUUGAUUCCGAUAACAGAAGAAUACUCAGCCAAACGUACUGCGGAUCGGCUGCCUACGCAGCUCCUGAAGUCGUCAACGGAACGCCAUAUAACCCCAAGCUCUCUGACGUUUGGUCCUUAGGGAUAAUACUAUUUAUAAUGCUCAAUGCUUCUAUGCCUUUCGACGAUUCUAACUUAAGAAAAUUACUUAAAGACCAAAUGACUAAAAACUGGGUUUUUAGAUCAAGAGUACGAGAUAGUCUAUCCACAUUAGCUAAGUCAUUGGUGCGUCAUCUAUUAGAACCUGAUUUGACUCAAAGACUGACUCUUGAAAGAAUUAUGCAACAUGAAUGGCUCAGAAUGCGCAGAGAGAGGCCUUCUCUUAUUGGAAGAUUGGUCCAUAAUCCAGGGGAAAAUCAUUUUCCACAUGUCAGUUGUGCAUAUGACGACGAGAAAGUACCCGGGGACUUCCAGAAUCCAGAUAACAAGAAAAGCGAAAUGAGGAUAGCUAUCAACGAUAACUCAAUGAAUUGAAUUAAUAGGGCUUUUCAUCGAUUGUCAUUUGUUUCCAGCUUCUGUCAUAUGUUGUAUAAUCUGUAUAUAGCAUUAAUAUAUACAGAUUAUACGAUAUAUGACAGAAGCUCGAAACAAAUGACUGUGAAUGAAAAGCUCUAUAGGGCAGGGUUGGCUGGUAUGGUUUUUAAAGAUCUUACUCUUUUUGCUAUGAUAACUAAAUGGUUCAUUAAAUAUUUCGUAUGUUAGAAAUCUGAAUCAAAUUUGCCUAAAGUGCUAGAAUUUUGUGUUUUGUUUUUUUGGUUUCUGAAAUAUUAUUGAAUUUCUAGCCAGGUAGAAAUAUUGAAUAUAUUGUUAUAUAUUAAAUAUUUUUAAUUUGUACAUAUUUUUAAAAUUAUAGGCACACGUAAUAGGGGUGACUGAGACAGAUAGUACAAUUUUGUAGAAUUUAAAAUUUUUAGUGUCACUGAUUGUGAUACAUGUCUGCAAGUUUAUUUGCAACUAUUUUGACAUUACCUACUAAAAAUAUCAGUUUGCAUUUAUUACACUUUAUGGGAUAAGUAAGUCAUGGCAUUAUAGUGGUACCAGCUAUCAUAGAGACUCAUGAGGAUAAUAUUCAGCUCAGCGCGGUCCGAGGUGUGGAAUUCCAUAAAUAAGGGAUCUACUUGUUUUAAGAAAUGAUCCCUUGUUUAUGUAAUUUCACACCUUGAACAAUUACACCCGCUGAGUUUAUAUAGAAAAAGAUUAUGUGUAUGACGCCAACUUAAUGUUCUAGAGGUUGUACAAAAGAACAAUGUACUGAGACCCUUGAGGGGUUUAUAUGGUUGCAGAAAUAUUGAAAAUCAAUAAAAUGUCUGAAUCUUGACUUGUGCUUCACAUACUUCGAUAUACCGAAUAACAAAUACCUACAUAGAAAUGAGAUUAUUAUUGUAGUGUAAAUGUUCUAAAUAUUCAUAUGCAUUGUAAAAUAUCUUUAUUCUUCCUUAUUUUACCGAUGUAAUAACUUCGUUUGUACUAUCUUUUGCCUCAGUCUCAUCUACUACUAGGCUAAAAAUAUAGAUACGUUUUAAAAUUAGCGUUUAUCAUUGAAAUACCCAAGUUUAAAUUCAAAAUUUCUUAAUAAUUACUCUGUAGGUAUUAUAACGCAAACAAAAUGUUUAGGUACAUCGAAUUUUUCAACCAUCUAUAUGUCUAUAUAAUAACAACUGAUUAUUUAAAAACUGCCAUAAAAUUUAUUAUAUCGACAUACGCACCUUUAUAUUUACUUAAUUAUUUCUAGAACAUUUAAAAUAUAACAAGAAUGGAAUAAGUAACGUUUUCAAGAAUUAUUGAAACUCUAAUAAAUAUCAUUAUGGCAUCAUUUAGUUUUCAUACAGAGUAAUAAAAUAUCUUUAAGAGCUACACUAGCCAAACAAAAAUGAUAAAUAAAUAGUCAAUAAAAAACUAGCCAAAUAAAAAUAAUCAAGACAAUUAGUUUCGGGAACCUUAACAUAAAUUGGUAACGUAUGUAAUAAAUAUAUUCAUCAUAAACAACAAGAAAUUAUUUUGCUUAUACAGAAAUAAAAAUAAAUUCAAAAUGAAUAAA